GCGUAGGAGUACGAGCGCCGGGAUUGCCCAGCGUUAGCAGUCUAUGCGUGUGUCUCCGAGUUGCCAUUUGUACGGAGAGGACAAUGGGCUGCCAGGAAGUCCACGCGGUGACCCUCCUUGCCUUUGUAUGUGGGACAGCUUCUAUAGCUGGACUCUUUGCUGCCACCCUGCUUCCCCAGUGGAGGCAAAUGAAACUUUACACCUUCAACAGGAAUGAGAAGAACCUGACAGUCAGCAUUGGCCUCUGGGUGAAAUGCACUCGCUUGGAGUGGAGCAGAGACUGCAUGAUGUAUGAUACCGACUGGUACGCUAGCGUGGAUCAGCUGGACAUCCGUGUUCUUCAGUUUGCUCUGCCCUUAAGCAUUUUGACGGCUGCCUCUGCCCUCAUACUGUGUCUGACCGGAAUAUGUAACACCACCUUUAGCUCCAGUGUGCCCAACCUUAAGCUUACGAAGUGUCUUGUCAAUAGCGCUGGCUGCCAUCUCGUGGCAGGCUUGUUGUAUGUUCUGGCGGGAGUAAUGAGCAUUACACCAUCUAUCUGGGUUAUUUUUUAUAACAACGUUCUCAUCCACAAGUAUGGACCGUACUUCAGCUAUGACAUUGCUGUGUUUGUGGCCAUCGGCAGUGCUGGCGGGAUGUUUGUUACUGCCCUCCUAUUGUUUUUAUGGUAUUGCGCCUGCAAGUCUCUGCCAUCGCCAUUUUGGCAGCCCCUCUAUUCACAUGUGCCCGGCAUGCACAGCUACGUCCCCCCAUCAUAUUCCUCACGGUCCCGUCUGUCCGCUAUUGAGAUAGACAUCCCUGUCGUCACACACACAGCUUAGAAACCUGCAUGCGUUUCUUAUAUCUACAGACGUUGAUACGUGUUACAUCUCUAUCUUCAUA